GGUACAGUACAAAUACAGGGAAACGGUUUGUGGGAACACGAUAAGCUACGGAGGAGAGCCGGUGAUCUUAGAUAUCUUAACAGGUCCAUCAAGGAACAUGCAAGAACGUGAUUUGUUGGAUUAUGCCUCUACCCGCUGUUCUGUGCUUGCCGUUUUGUGAUAGAUUAUUCACUCUCCUGCCAUUUCUAUAGUCAGUUGCUUAAGAGUGCGGGGUUCAGAAGUCAAUGAGCAAAUUGAAAGUAACUGUGAAGUCCGGAGUCUGUGAUUGGCUGUUUGUUUUGAAGCUGUGACACACCAAGUGAACAGGAAGCUAGCAUCUAUGGGGCUAGUAUGACAACUUCUGUGACUCCCAACUGUGAGCGACCCUCAGACUGCCAUUCUUUCUGGCAAAUUGGUUUCAUUAACACAUGAGUGAGUGUCGGGGUAGUUACGUUCAUCCUGGCAUGCCGCCUCUAUUCUGUGGCUGAGGACAGCAUUCGGACCAACUGUUAUCUAUUGCAGAACACGUUAACAGAUACAGAUUAACUCCGUGAACCGUUACAAUGGGUUUUCUGUUAUACAUGCAGUCAUGUGUCAUUGUGAAUCUCUUCCUGGUUCCUUCACUAGCAUCAGGUGUGGAGCUGGAGCCAAGCUUUGAUGUUCCAAUGGUCAACGUGACGGUGAAGGAAGGUACCACUGCCAUAUUGCCAUGUUCUGUAAAAUUCCUUGGGCAACACCAGGUGGUGUGGACUGAUCAGCUGUCGACGUUGUUGACGUUUGAAGACCGGCGCAUCAUCGACGAUGAGCGUCUAAGUAUUGAAAGGCCCUACACGAAGGACUGGAAUCUUCAUAUCCGUUCUGUUAGAUAUCGAGAUCAGGGAAUAUACAGCUGCCAGAUCAACACGAGUCCUGUCAAGAUCAAAACCAUCAACCUCAACGUAAUAGUUCCAGCAAAGAUUUUACCUGAGCUAUCUUCUGAGGACAUGGCUGUACGAGAAGGCGAGACGGUGACGCUCAUAUGCAACGUCACAGGGAUUCCCAUGCCAACCGUCACGUGGUACAGACAUAAACCAACCGAUGACGAUGUUAUUAAAGACAGUGAGUUCUGCCCAGGCACGAAUAAGAUCGGCAUCAGCGGUGAGGUGCUCCUCAUCCACAACGUCAGUCGUUACUGCGGUGGUACCUAUGAAUGCGUCGCCUUCAACGGGGUGCCCCCAGCCGUGAACAGAUUGAUACGGAUUUCGGUUGAAUUUCCGCCCGAGGUACGUCUUCCAAACAAACGGAUUGGUCAUGACCUAGGUCGAGAGACAAUACUGGAGUGCAAAAUCUCUGCCUAUCCCCAGGAGAUCAGUGUCUGGAUGAGGAAGGGGUCGGUGAUUUCUAACGGUGGCAAGUACAGGGUGGAGAUAUAUCACGAAGGGGAACACACCAUGACCCUCAGUCUGCGGAUCAGGAACCUGGAGGAAACAGACUUUGGCAGUUACACAUGUAUGUCUUCCAACUCUGUAGGGAAGGACGCUGAGAAUAUGAUUUUAUAUGAUUACUCUGCAAACCGAAAAACGACAGCAGCGACUACAUCAAUAAUUCCAACUACGUCACCCCCUGCUUCAUCCACAACGACAACCAUUCCAAUUAUAACGUGGAACCCACACGCAAGCCGGAACCCCCCUAAUCGCCAGGAUGGAAGACCGGGAGGUACAUUGGUCAACAUAGUCACCAGGAAACCCACACCGAGGCCAGGUCAGAGGCCACAGUUAGUUCCGGGUAACUCUCUUAAAGCCUACAACACUAUCAACAAAAAUAUGGCGACCCUGUGUACGGGCAGUCUGUUGCCUGUGUGUGCACCUGGUGGACCAAUACAGUCUAAAACAGUCCAAGGACAGGCACAUAGGAAUAUUUGCUCAACCAGUGUAGUUUUAUAUGGAUUAUUAUUUGUGUGGUUUCAUAGCUAACUGUUUCUACGUCGUGUGGGGUAUGUGCUAUGCAAGGAAGGAAAAGAGCUUUAAUGCUAACCCUGUUGAUCCUGGGUUCAAAGUGAUACCAUCGACAACAAGGAGCAGGAAACAGAACGUUGGCACGGAAUCACAGAACAUGUAUCACCUACUGUGCAAUUAUGAUUUAUUACAGAUGUGUAAAAUGAAAACUGUUAUAAAGGAGAAAGAGUUUUCCUAAACAAGACAUGUCAGUGUGUGUUCUUCAAGUUAGAUGAACAAUCCAGAGAUCCAGUUAUUAAAUUAAAGAGGGUCUUUAUAUCAUUGGCUUACCCAACAUUUGGUGUGCAACAGGAAAGGUUUGUGUAAUAACACGUGUACACAUGUUCUUAUAAACCAAGAACAAGGUCAAUGUCUUAGUGCGAAGUUGGUUGUAUCAAACAAUUUUAUGAAACUGAUACUGUUUUCGAAGACAGGUUGAGCAUUCCAGGAUGACUACAACCAGAAGAACUCAUGUAGAUGUAUUUCUCCAACACAAUAGCUCACGGUGACCAUAAUCAACUAUUCCAUGAAUGUCCACACACUAUGGCUCAAUAUGUGGAUAUGCUAUAGACAAAUGGGAAACGUGGAAUGAAGCCUGUGUGAAAUAUGAAAUAAUAUCGGUGGUGACAAAUCAAAAGGCCAUACCACGAAUACACCAAAGAACAAUUGCAAUGUGACUUCAUAUGCCUGGAUAUACAUUCAACGUUUGCGUAAGGAUUUUAUGUCAAACACCACGACGAGAUAUUGCCAAAUACGUUAAUUCCAUAAACUGAAGCCAAGAAGCCAAUCAUCUUGCUCAGCUGUUCAUAUACUUAUAUACUUUAUGACAUGGUUGUGUUUAGGGCACGUAGUACCAACAAAGAUGUAUAUUAACCAUGCAUAUUGUGUCAGAUAUAGAUGCUUGUCGUCAAUAGUGUACAUUAUCUCUUAGCGCUCAUUUGCUACUGCUUGUAGUGAUGGAUUGGUUGGUUGGUUUGAUGUUUAACACCGCACUCAGCAGUAUUCCAGCUAUAUGACGGCGGUCUGUAAAUAAUCGAGUCUGGACCAGACAAUCCAGUGAUUGAUGUCAUGAACAUCAA